AUGAGCGAAUCUGCGCACAUUCCUGCACCAGAAUUCCUUGCUAAGGUAUCAGAAAUGUUUGCAACUGCAAACAGGGCUCAUCGCACAGUGCAUUUGUCGAUCAAAAGGCUUGUAGAUCGCGAUCCUGUGGAAGGUACAAGUGAGUUUGAUGCUACUGAAAAACCUUUGUAUGAUGUGUCUCGGAAAUCGCAGUUUACUAAGGUACCCGAGGAUGCAAGCACAAAGCAGUACCCUCUGCUUGUGAGAAUCUCGUGUUUGUCCGGAAUUGCUAAGCAGAAGCACUCAACGGUGGUAGAAGCUGAUGACCUCGACAAGUUUUGGAAAGACUACUCUGCUGCAAUCAAGACAGGUAUGGUAGGUUUAGUGAAAAAGAAGAAAAAGAAGGCAAAGAAAUCGCUCAGGAAGUAG